UUCCACAAAAAAAUAUAUUAAUCAGCCAUGGAUAAUGAAGCCAAGAGAAUGGAAGAAGGAAUCAACUCACCCCAUAAUGAGUAUGGGCAUACCACAAAGCUGGAAACCAAUGGUGGUGGAGAUACAAUUGAGAAUGAGAGAGACAUAAGGACCACACUAGAGGGAGAGUCAGUUCAGCAAGUACCAAAGGAGCAAGAGAUUAAGCACAAAAAAAGUAGGGUUGCAACUCUUGAUGCAUUUAGGGGCCUCACAAUCGUGUUGAUGAUAUUGGUGGAUGAUGGUGGUGGAGCUUAUCCUCGAAUUGAUCACUCUCCAUGGAAUGGAUGUACAUUGGCUGAUUUCGUUAUGCCUUUUUUCCUUUUCAUUGUUGGAGUUGCUAUAGCUCUUGCAUUAAAGAGAAUUCCCAAAGUUAAGGUUGCUGUGAAGAAGAUAAUUUUUAGGACAUUAAAGCUUCUCUUCUGGGGUUUACUUUUGCAAGGUGGAUAUUCACAUGCCCCUGAUGAUCUCUCAUAUGGAGUUGACAUGAAAUUUAUCAGAUGGUGUGGCAUUCUUCAGAGGAUAGCUCUUGUAUAUUGCAUUGUAGCUCUAAUAGAGACAUUUACCACUAAGCUUAGACCUACAACCUUGAGUCCUGGAUACCUAUCCAUUUUUACUAGCUAUAGAUGGCAAUGGCUUGGAGGGUUUGUGGCAUUUGUUAUUUACAUGGUCACUACUUUCAGCCUCUACGUUCCAGAUUGGAGUUUUGUGGAUUAUAACAGUUCCAAAUUAAAAAGAUACACAGUCGUAUGUGGGAUUAGAGGACACUUAGGUCCUGCAUGUAACGCUGUUGGGUAUGUGGAUAGACAAAUGUGGGGGGUUAAUCAUCUUUACUCUCAACCUGUUUGGAGUCGCUUAAAGGCUUGCACAUUCAGUUCUCCAGCUGAUGGUCCUCUUCGUAAGGAUGCACCAACAUGGUGUCGUGCUCCUUUUGAACCUGAGGGUUUUUUGAGUUCUAUAUCAGCUAUCCUAUCUGGGACCAUUGGCAUCCACUAUGGACAUGUCUUGAUUCAUUUCAAGGGUCAUUCUGAGAGGCUCAAGCAAUGGCUCUCAAUGGGGGUUGUGUUAUUCAUCCUAGGCAUCAUUCUUCAUUUUACAAAUGCUAUUCCAAUUAACAAGCAAUUGUACAGCAUUAGCUAUGUUUGUUUCACAUCUGGAGCUGCUGGAAUUGUCUUCUCUGUGUUCUACAUUUUGAUCGAUGUUUGGGGGAUUCGUACUCCAUUCUUGUUCUUAGAAUGGAUUGGAAUGAAUGCAAUGCUAGUGUUUGUGAUGGCAGCCCAAGGCAUCUUUGCAGCAUUUGUAAAUGGAUGGUAUUACAAAGAUCCAGAUAAUUCACUAGUAAACUGGAUACAAAAUCAUGUGUUCAUCAAUGUUUGGCACUCAGAGAAAUUGGGAACUUUGUUAUAUGUCAUCUUUGCAGAAAUCACUUUCUGGGGAGUUGUUGCUGGCAUCUUGCACAAAUUAAGAAUAUAUUGGAAAUUGUAAUUAAGUUGUUAAUUUUUGUUGAUGUUCCUGAUUGUAUUCAACAUGUUCUUCUUAUUAAUGGUCUGAUUUUACCUGUGUAUAAAAAAC